AUGGUCAAGCUAGCUCGCGCCCUUGACUUCCCUCGAUCUGAAGUCUACUACGAUGUCAUGGAGAAGAUGAAUUUCAAGGUCACGUACACCCUCCAUGCGAAGAGGGGUGGAGAGGUCAUGGGCUUGGACUGCGAGUUCACCGACCCUCACAAGGGUAACCAACGCGCCGCCGUCCUGCAACUCUCCGUCGCGCAACAUACUCUGGUCUUCCAUAUUGUGCAUGCCGAUGAAGUGCCACAACUGGUCAUCGAUUUCUUUGCGGACAAGAACAUCAGAUUCUGUGACGCGGCAAUCCACAAUGAUGUGGAUAUGUUGCAGACCUACGCAAUUUUUAUUCCGUCUGCGAUCAACCUCCAGCAGAUCCUCCAGAACCCCGUCCCAAGAAAGCAUACUCCGAGUUUGUAUGAUUUGGCUUCAGAUAUAGCAGCAUAUUCAGUUUGGAGGGGCAGAAGCACGCAGCAACAGCAGCCCUCCUCGUCUGCCUCCUACUAUCUUUUUACAUAG